AUGGGCGAACCUCGCCAACGGCCAUUGAAAUCCCUUGCAAUAGCGCAGGCUGUUUCCCUUUGCAUUGGAACUUUGGCAUUUUAUCUCCUGUUGUGUAUCCUACUGUCUUAUUCCGUCCUUGACCUGAUUUCACCUCACCCGCAAGUCAAUGGCCUUCACGGGAACUGGGGGAAAGAUAGCUCCGGCUCUGCCGACUCUGAUGGGCGCACGGGAGCAGAAUCUCCCAUCUCCAAUGGUCCCUUCAUCAGUCAUUUCAACAGCCACGAUGCUUCCAUUCCCGACUCUCGACAGCCAUGGGACCCGCGAACUCCAUCGGGUGCAAGGAUUUUAACCCUGUUGUCGGCCCAGCGCUUCCCGUCGCCAAGCCCGUCAUCAAAUUCAACUACCGGACGGCCUGGCAUGCAUCCUCCGCCUCCUCCGCAAUGGCCACCGGCUAAGUUCAUUUCAAGCAAACCGAAAAACCUUCAAGCCCCUGUUCCACUUGAGCAGCUUUCGGGAGUGGCCCAUUUGCAAACUGCCCCCGGACAAUGGAAUCCUAACUCUCAAGACUUCCAGAUGUCUCCUUUGCCCAGCAUCCAAUCACGCACCUUCCUAGACAGCAAUUCAUGGGAUACCACUGAACUGCAAAGCAAAAAUCUUGAAAGACGGGAUUGGAUCAUUCGCGCCUUCAGUCACACUUGGGAAGGUUACAAAAAAACUGCUUGGGGGUUUGACCAAACAAGACCAUUAUCAGGUCGCGGCCAGACUGCUUUUGCAGGAUGGGGCGCCACCAUCAUUGACAACCUGGACACUUUACUCAUGAUGAAUAUGACCCAGGAGUAUAAUUACGCCAGAACCCAUGUACGAGUUCUAGACUGGUCCAACCCUGGCUCCGCUCAACCAAUUUACAAUAGCAGCACGGGGGAAAUCAAGAAUUCAUACGCCAACAUCAACUUAUUGGAAUCUGGUGCAAGAUAUCUGGGAGCUCUCCUAUCAGCUUACGACUUGAGCGGCGACAAGCUCAUGCUCUCCAAAGCCGAUGAGUUGGCUCAGUGGUUACUACCAGCGUUCAACACGAAAACGGGAGUGCCCGUCCCCAAUUAUGAUUUGGGAACCAACCCAAGCGGAGGUGCUUCAGGAGAAACCUAUCUUUCGGAGGCGGGAAGUCUGCUGCUAGAGUUUACGAGAUUGGCCCAAAUCACUGGAAAAGCCCACUAUUUCAAUGCGGUGGACCGAGCCGCUCAAUACUUGCAAGGACAAAGCUGGAAUUCUACAUCAAGGCUUGGAAAUCUAUUCCCCCAGAAAAUCAAACCUGACGAACCCACUCAGAUGACGGGCGUCUAUAACUUGAACGCCAGGUCGAGUGGUUAUUACGAGAACUUGGUCAAAGAGGCUAUUCUUCUGCGUGGAAACUCGAAAGGAUAUCAACAAGCUUACACAUCAAGCGUCGAUUCAAUCUUCCAGUACCUUGCCGAAGAUAUCCAAGUAGAUAACCAAGGUACUCAACUCAGCAUAAUUGGAGAGGCAUACAGCCUCCCGGGCAAAGUUGGCUAUCUCCCCAAGAUCAGUCAGCAGAGUUGCUCGGCUGCUGCCAUGAUCGGUCUCGGCGCCAGAUUGUUACAACAGGACUUGCCACUGAAUUUCGCCCAGAACCAAACCGAUGCUUGUUUGUGGGUUCACGAGACAAGUCCUGGUGGAAUCGGGCCGGAUGAGAUUACCAUCAUAAAUUAUGAAGGAUCCGCCCGCCAAGUCAGCUCCACUCCCAUGAACGAAAUCAGCAACCCAAGCCAUCUCAACCGACCAAACACCAUCGAAUCGAUCUUUUACAUGUGGAGAUUGACUGGAAAUCGGGAAUGGCAAGAGAGAGGCUGGAAACUGUUUACCAGAUGGGCCGAGGCUUCCAUAACCGAAGUUGGCUUCGCUGAAAUCGAAGAUGUCACUGAUGACAUCAAUGACGAUAGUAACAAAUUUGAUGGCUACACUGGAACCCUAUCCACAGAAAGCAUGAAAUACUUUUACCUAUUGUUCUCGGACCCUGAGACCAUAUCAUUAGACGAAUACGUCUUUAAUGUGGCAUCCCAUCCUUUCAAGAUACCCGGAAGCAAGAACAGCCAAGUGGUCAACUGGCAAGACCCUCAAGACAGCCAAGUUGCCUAUUUGAAUCCGCCAAUCGCCAAUGUGAUGGCCUCGAAAUACAAAGGCCAGCAAAAUACCACUGGCAUCGAUCCCCAAGGUAGUGGUACGCAUAUUCAACAGUGGUCCCGAACAGUCUCGCAAGAUCCCAAGACUCCAGUUUCAGAGGCUGUCACCCGCUCCGGCUCAAGCAGUUAG